CUCCGGGAGGCAGCGGCACCGGCCGGAGCAGGAGCAGGACACUGGCCCGGAUCCUCCUUGGCGGUUCACCGCCCCUCCUGGAGCCUGGGGACUCGAUUAAGGAGGAGACAACGUGGGAACUUGGAGUAACAGCUUCCGAAGGCCCCUGGUUACCAUCUCGAGGCCCCAGCUGCCUGGGAAGCCGCCACCAUUCUGUGCUGCGGUGACACGAUGGCUCCGGAGGAUGACGCGGCCGGGGAGAUCCCUGGGGGCAGUUUCUGGGAGGCUGGGAACUAUAAACGGACGGUCCAGCGUGUGGAAGACGGCCAUCGGCUCUGCGGGGACCUGGUCAGCUGUUUUCAGGAGCGAGCCCGGAUCGAGAAGGCUUAUGCCCAGCAGCUGGCUGACUGGGCCCGCAAGUGGAGAGGGGCCGUGGAGAAGGGGCCUCAGUACGGCACCCUGGAGAAGGCCUGGCAUGCCUUCCUGACGGCGGCAGAGAGGCUGAGUGCUCUGCACCUAGAGGUGCGAGAUAAGCUGCACGGAGAGGACAGUGAGCGGGUUCGGGCCUGGCAGCGGGAAGCCUUCCACCGGCCUGUCCUAGGAGGCUUCCGGGAGAGUCGGGCGGCAGAAGACGGCUUCCGAAAAGCUCAGAAGCCCUGGGUGAAGAGGCUGAAGGAGGCGGAGGCCUCCAAGAAGAGCUACCACUCGGCCCGGAAGGAGGAGAAAACGGCGCAGACCCGGGAGAGCCACGCCAGGGCUGACAAUUCUGUGUCCCAGGACCAGCUGCGGAAGCUACAAGAGCGCGUGGAGCGUUGUGCCAAGGAGGCCGAGAAGACGAAAGGGCAGUAUGAGCAGACGCUGGCGGAGCUUCACCGCUACACCCCCCGCUACAUGGAGGACAUGGAGCAAGUGUUCGAGGGCUGCCAGACGGCGGAGCGGCAGCGCCUUCUCUUCUUCAAAGACAUGCUGCUGACUUUCCACCAGCAUCUCGACCUCUCUGCCAAUGACAGGUUCCAGCAGCUCCACCGGGACCUGCAUCAGGGCAUCCUGGCUGCCAACGACGAGGAGGACCUACGCUGGUGGCGCAGCACCCACGGGCCAGGCAUGGCCAUGAACUGGCCGCAGUUUGAGGAGUGGUCUCUGGACACUCAGCGGACAAUUAGCCGGAAGGAGAAGGGCAGCCGGAACCCAGAUGAAGUGACGUUGACCAGCAUCGUGCCCACGAGGGAUGGCUCUUUGCCCGCCCAGCAGUCCCCGGCAACCUCGGGGAACGGGCAGGAUGAAGAGUGGUCAGACGACGAGAGUCCCCGGAAGGGUGCCAUGGGGAUCCGGGUGCGGGCGCUGUACGAUUACGCAGGCCAGGAAGCGGAUGAGCUGAGUUUCAGAGCAGGUGAGGAGCUGCUAAAGAUGAGCGACGAAGAUGAACAGGGCUGGUGCCAGGGCCAGCUACAGAGUGGGCGCAUUGGCCUGUACCCUGCGAACUAUGUGGAGUGUGUCGGGGCCUGAUGGCAGUCUCUGCCGUCUUCCCUCUCUGCCCACCCUGGAUCAGAGCUCCCCCCCCCCCCCAUGAUCAACUAUGGGGGCAGCUCCCAAAGCCCAAAUCAUCAUCUUUCUCCUGUGUCAGGGAGCUGCGGCGUCCUGGUGGGAAGGGGGAGACUACUGGAGGGAAGGGUUCCAACCUGGGGCCGAGUAAGAGGCUCUGGGCCUCCCACCUUCUCCCUGUAGCUCUCAGAGCUGAGCCACCUGGGCCCAGGGGUUCCCUGUGCCAAGGGGGUGGGGUAGUUCUGGUGGCGUGGCCUUCCUCCCCUUUAACUAUGGCUUGUUCCUAAUGUGCAUUAAACCUGAGAAACAACUGA